AACUUAGACUUAUGUUGGCACUUACACUAGUAUUGAAUUAUGUGGCAGAGUGGAGUUAGGUUGCAGGUCGUCUUGGUGUGUUGCAAUUAUUUUUUGUAACCUGCUUUCAUUUCCUCUCGUUUGGCACCAUCUAUCUCUCUGCGUCGCUCUGGAUUUCGUCGAAUACUGAAAUUAAACUGUUCUUUCCGCUUCGUUGGUCUAGUAAAAUGAAUUGAUUAAAUGGGACUGUGAACUUUAUCUUGCAACGUGAACAAGGUGCAAACACCCCCUGGCUGGGAGUCAAUAAAGCUGUAAAAAGGUCAAUGUAGUGGUGUAGUUGAGCAUAAGUGUUAAUUAAGAGGAAUACACACAGUUUCUAACAGGAAAAUUUCACUGGAGGGUUGUUCGUGCUGCUUUGUUUACAAUCAACAGAAAAUGUGCUACACACUCGCCCACUGGAGCCUCGAAGCCAUCGCUCCAACCUUUAUUAAAACGCCUUGAAACGGGAGUCAAGUUUUCAUAUCGUCAGCAGUUCUUUUCUGAUGUUUUGAAGUCUGCUUUUGUUGCGUCGAAGUGUUCAAGUACAGUCCAUUUUGGGUGCGUUCCGCUUCGUACCAGAAAAUGGGACUGUUUCCCGAUCCUCCACUGACACCGAAGCUGAAGAAUAAGUUAUUUCGCAGUUCGUCGAGCCGGAAGGCAAACAAUAGCAAAGCUUCUGCUGUGUUGUCUGACAGGAAGUGCACCGAUAGCAGCAGUUCAUCCUCAGAUUUUGUCACCGUGACCACGGCGCACCAGCUGUCGACUUCGUGGGAGUUUAUAAGAUCCGCCUCAAGCGACAAUGAUACUGAUAAGGAGAGUCCAACCGAGGGCACAUUUCCUCCUCACUACACGGAGAUUUACAAACCCGAUCGGGAGUGCACUGGUGCUGAAGCGUUCCUUCCUCCGCGAUACAUAGAGGUUCGCAAAGGGCGUAUCAUCCUGGAGACGAAAAGGGCAAACGGAGCGAACGAUGAAACCAACAGCAAUGAAUGCUUGAGUCGAAUCUUUAGCAGACCUUCCGACAAUUUAAGUGACUACGAACGCCCUAUCGCGGUACACAGCAAUCCGGAAACUCCAACGUGUGAAAGCAGAAUCCUGGGAACAUUUGGCACAAAGAAUACGAAACAACUUGAUUCCCCUACUCUUGAAACAAAAAUUAGUGAACCUUCUGCAAUAAUCAAUAAUGUAAAACAAUCAUCUACUCAAAGUUUCUAUGAGCACAAGACCAUAGAGGCAUGCUUUCAACGCCAAGAAGAAAGUUUGCUGAUGUUGCAGCAAGAGAACAAAUCCUUACACCAAAGGGUAGAACAAUACGAAGCGUGCCUAGAUGACAUUAUGCGAAAGGUAGUAGAUGCUCUGGUAGCUGAGGACAACCUGCGCGAAGAAGUCUCCAUUUUGAAAAAUCGUGUUAAAGAUUUAGAAGCGCAAAAUGCCAUACUUAUUGCUAGCCCAGCAAGAAGCCGCGACGAAGGUUACUGUACUAUGAGUUCUGGUUUGCCACAGUUUACUCAAAAAAGCCAUCUCGAGGAACUUCCCGAAGAGCCAGAACAGUGGUUAGUUGCAGCGGAACCGUGUUCAGCCGAAAUUGAAGACUGGAGCAUGUCACAAGAAGAGCUUGCUACCGCCCUGGAAGUGGAAGGCCAUGACUGGAUUUGGAAUACUAAUUUUUUGGCAACAAUGGCGACACAAUCGGAGGAUGUCCCGGCACUGCUACAAGAAACAAUUCUCUACUCGGAUGAUGAAGAAGUAGCAUGUACGAACUUUACGCGCGAUUUUUAUAGACUUGUUAGCAUUAAGUCUGAAAGCAAUCAAAGCCUUCAAUCUCCAACGACCGUUGAAACGACAACAUCGAGUAAUAGUGACAAAACUGAAAGACUGACAAGUGAAUAUACUUGCACCGAAACAAACAGCUUGCCCUCUGCCAGAUCGCGCGACGCCACCGUUCAGCAAUUCAAACUUCCCUCGCCGACGACAACUGUUCCGUCACCUUCUGCAAAGUUCGAUGUUCCGCAGCAAAUGCCAGCCAGAAGUAAUGGAUGGAAGCGAAAUCCGCGAAAAAAUCAGGAAACAUUCAUACCCGUACCCAUAAACUCAAAGGAUCGUCAGAAAUCUUUACCGCCCGUGCCAGUACGAAGACACUUUACUAGUUAGUCGUGAUUGGAGAUUGAAAUUCAUUAUAUACAAAACUAAUACACACACAGAUUUGAUGUUGACGGUGCAUUUAAAGUGAACUUCAAUAUUAAAAGGAGAUAAUUACAGCAAUUAACAAAGUUAGCUUUGUAGUUUGUUAAGUAUACACAUGUGAUAGUACGUAUAACUUGUAGUCUAUUUAAGAAGGAAAUACUAAUAACAUUAAUGACAUUAAUAACAUAACCAACAUAAAUAAUCUCAAAUUCUCAUUCAAAAAAACCAAUCAAACUGCCAGACAAUAAUGAGAAAACAACUAACUCAACAAACAAUGGUCAAACUGUGGAGCCAGUCAAAUCAAUACUAUCUGCUACUGUUGCAAAAUGUAACAAAGGUAAUGGUACUAAAACGCAGUAAACGAGAUUUCUGGUUGUGAUCGAAGGUGAGCAAUUUUGCGUUAAUGAGUUUCAUACUUGGCCACUAAAUUUACGUAACAUUUCAAUGUAUUCAUUUUGUACAAAGAGAUAGCUGGUAAGAUUAUAUAACCUAUCGUUUUUUGUCAUUUUGUAGGGACAUUGAAAGGUAAUAAAUAGUUUCAUAUCUAUCUUGUGAAAA